UCUGGCUCGAUUACUGCGCACUUAAAGUUUAAGUCUGAAAAUGAGAAGAAAUGCUUUAAAAACAACUCUACAACUCACAUCCCAACUUCUGUGGGUGGUGGGGUUGGUGGUCGGUCUGAGUGGAGUCUACCUGCUGAUGAAGUACAGACACAGCAGCUUGUUUUUUACUCACAUCUACAUCAUCCUGCCAGCUGUCUUUGCACUCGCCAGCGCUGUGUUCCUAUUGGCCGCUGGAUGCCUCGGCUCCUGGCUGAGCCUCAGGGAUUCCACCUUUCUGCAGGGGCUGUUUGUUUAUCUACUAGUUGUGGUCUUUUGUCUGGAAAGCACAGCUUCAGCGUUGGCUUAUUUCCACUCUAUAAAGCUGGACUCAGAGAUAGCCCCCCUCAGUGAAGUGUUUCAGAAGUACACAGGCAGCAGCCAGGACCCCAACUCCCGUGCUGUGGAUGCUACACAAGAAGAGUUGCAGUGUUGUGGUGUCCAUGACUACAGGGACUGGCUGAAAACCUCCUGGUUUAACCAUACAGGAGGACUCUAUGUUCCUCACAGCUGCUGCAACUCUACUUUCCCCUCCUGCAAUGGGACUGUGAAUCAACAGUGGCAGCUUAACCAACAGGGUUGCCAGGUGAAGCUGGAGAUGACCUUACAGUUUGUGCUGAGUUUUAUCAAUUGGUGUUCCCUGCUGGUUUUAGUGGUGGAGGUUGUUUCGAUUCUGACGGUGACGCAACUGAUGAGGGAUCAACCAUUUAUGGAGCAUCAAGUGUGGGACAAAACUUAAAAACCUUGUGAUGGAUCGGACAGCGCUGCACUUUGCACAGAUACUGUAUAGUUUGUCAUAUGAUAUCAUCUACAAUAAGUGCAACAAAAUAUUACUG